AUGGACUCGAGGCGUGCGCUGGUGAAGCGCUACGUAUUCGGCACGAACCAUGACGGGAAGAGCUGCUUGCACUGGCUCGAUGACGGCUCACUGGUCUACCCGGUCGGCAAGACUGUUGUGCUGCAACAGCCGAACUCGUGCACCCAGCGCUUCCUCGAGGCGGCAUACCAGAGCUCGGCUAUCACAGCCAUUGCGAUGAGUGCAAAUAAGAAGUUCAUGGCGAUCGCUGAGGGCGGCCCGCAUCCACAGGUUCAGAUCAUAGACACCGUGACUCGCAAGCGCCGCAAAGUGCUGAGUGUAACGGACCUGGAUAGCAAUAAGUAUGUGGCCCUCAGCUUCAGCAGUGAUGGGCGCCACCUUGUCACCCAGGGCGGUGCCCCAGGAUGGAAUUUGCACUACUGGAACUGGGAGCGCUCGCAGCCGCUGGCGUCCGUGUCAGUGAGGCAGCUGUACUCAGCAAAUGUGCAGGUACAGGGGUCGAAGCUAUGCGGCGCGUCGGGGGGCAACGCAACUCGCAUCGAUAGUGAUUCCACUCGUCGGGAAGGGGACACACAGUCUCUGAGGGCAGCUGCCAGCACGGUGGCGCGCAGCACCCUUGAGACAUCGCGUACACCGCCGCAGGUAGUCACAAGCAUCGGUAUCUGCCCCCUUGAUCCACUGUUGGUGACCGUGGCAGGUAUUGGUUUCUUUCGCUUCUACCGGUACACCGAGGGUCUCCUGCAGCCGCAGCCCAGUACAGGCGUGCCGCGCGAGCAGUUCGAGAGCUUUUCGACGCACCUCUGGGUCACCGAGCACAACGUCGUCGUCGCGACUCACAGUGGGCGCCUUCUACUGAUCCAGGACGGGCGGUACUUGAGUGCGAUUGAGAUGCCGUCAUUGUCACCGUCGGAACUGCGAGGCACAGUUUCUGAUCCCCUCCUGGAGGGGGUGGCUGUCCCCGCAGCGGUGGAUGUGGUGACGUGCAUUGUCCCCACAAAUCAGCAGCAGCAUCAGCAGGCGCGACACCACAGCGGGUUCAUUGCCGGAACGAAUCACGGCAAUGUUCUCAUUUUUCAGGGAGACGGCAAUGCCACUGCCGCCGGCGGCGACGUGGAUGGACUGGGCGGCGAGAUCGCUGCAGGCGACGCGACUGGCUACAAGUUUGUCUGCCGACUAGAGGUACCCGCCUACGAAGCUGGUGAGCUGCCGCAACAGCGCUUGCCACACGCGCUGCAGCAGGCAUCUACCGGACAGAACUUGGCCGCUUCAGCGCUGACGACAAUCACAGACACCACCGCUGCGCCACUGUUGGGGGCAGCAACGAAUACUGCAGACGCGGGGAGCGGUGGCAAGAGAUGCACCGGCCGUCUCUUCCAGCUCCGCGAUCAAGUCGGCACGAAGGGUGCCAGCGCGAAGGUGGCCACAGCGGCCGCUGCUGGGCGGCGAGGACAGCGCGGAGCAGCUGACGACAUAAGCGUCUACAAGAGCGGCGUUGAUAGUGCUGGCCAAGCCCUGGGCGGGGAUGCACAACGGUACAGCGUGUCGGCCUUGGCCCUCGAUCAGGCUGAAGAGUGCCUGGCGGUUCUCAUGGCAUCCGGUAGGUUGUACGGGCUUAACUUCAAGCAGGACUGGCCGGCGCGCGAGGCAAUGUUCCACACGUCGAACAUAUCCACAGCGACCCCUCUCUUCGCUGGUGUCGUAGGCGGCGGUGAGGCACCGCUGCUGCUCCCCCAGCUUUCCUCUCCCCUUGAGCACGGCGGUGGCGGGCUCGGGUGGGCAUCGUUGGCGGCCACACCUGGGCACGUGUCGACCCGCGGUGUGCUCUUCCACCCUCUUUACCCCUUCACCCACUGCGGCCGCGUGACCGGGAUGGACUGCAGUGUGCGCAAGCCGUUUCUCAUCACAUCCGGCAGUGACCACAGCAUUCGUAUCUGGAGCACGCAGACGGGGAAGUUGCUCAUGUGCCAGUUCUUCGCACAGGAGCCUGGCGCCGUAGCGAUCCACCCCGAUGGCCUCAUGGCAGUCAUCUGCUUCCCUGACAAGGUGCGCAUCAUGAGUGUUCUGUGGAGUUCGUUGCGUGAGCGCCGCACGAUCAACCUGCGCAACGCCUCCGACGUUGCCUUCUCGAAGGGCGGUCAACUCAUCUCCAUUGUGCACCAUAACCUUGUCUGCAUCAUAGACGCAAACACGUGCGAGCUGCAAGGGCAGCUGCGCGGCCACCUGCAGCGCAUCAAAGACUUCCAGUGGUGCUCUACAACGGCGUACCCGACAGACAACCGCGUCGUGACGUGCUCCUCAGACGGCAUGAUCAUGGACUGGAACAUGUCGGAGAUGCGGAAGCAGACGGAGCACACCGAUAAGCGCUUCCAGUAUGUCGCAGUCGCGUCCGAUGACCGAAGUGUCUGGGCGGUGGCAGCACCUACGCCGGCGACGGCACUUGACGUGUCGUGGAAGGUUCUGCUGCGCGAGAUUGAUCGGCAGAGCCUCGGCACCAUCAACGUAGGAACUGUCAAAGGUGGCGCAGCGGGUGGCCCAGGCGCGCUGGGUGGCGCGGGUGCCAUGGCGGCGACGUCUGCGGGUGGUGGUGGUGUUUGCAGCGCCCUGGGCAACAGCGUCGGCGACUACGAGUUCACUGAAACGGCCCUGACGCGCCUCAUAGUGGCACCGCACCAGCGCGUGCUGGUCGCCGGCGCAGAGGACGGCUCCGUGAAGGCCAUGACGUUUCCACUUCAGGCCGGGAUCCAGGAGGCUCCGAUUGCCGCGCACGCGCUGCCGGUGACCCGCAUGGCACUGUCCUUUGAUGAGAGGACGCUCUUCACCGCCAGCGCGGACGGCAGCGUCAUCAUGUGGGAGGUUUUCGCGGAGAAGGACACGGUGAAGUCCACUGGUGCGGGGGCGACCGUCCUUACUGCUCAACACAACGACCCGGCGAGCCGCCGCAACACGAACGGCACCGAGGAGGUGCUCGUAACGAGACAGGAGAUGGAGGAGCAGCGCGUCGAGAUUGAGAGUCUGCAGCAGUACAUUGAAAAGCUGAAGACAGACAUGGAAAGCGAGGACAAGCGUCGCGCGCACGAGCAGGGCACUCGCACCCGUGAGCGGUCGGAGGAGCUUCAGCGGAACGCCAUCGCCCUGGCUGCGGAGUACGAUGCCCUCCAGCGUGCCAAGGUAGAUCAGGAGCAGACUUUUCUGGACUCCAAGAACGAGAAGGCGCGGGAUGCGGCGCAGACGCUAGAGAACGUGGAGGUGCAGCGCCAGAGGGAAGUCGACACCCUCGCCGACGAGUGCGGCGUGCUGCAGCACCGCCUCGAGACGGCGAAGGUGGCGAACGCGGCGGAGCUCGAGGCGCUACGUGCCAGCCUGGCCCAGAGCCGCGCCGAGGAUGAGGCACACUUCCAGGACGUGCUGAGGCAGCGCACCGAGGCUGUGCGCAAGCUGCCCCACCAGCUGGAGCAAAGCCAAGAGACAAACCGCGUCACCCUCCACCAGCUGGAGUUGGACACGGACUCGGAGUCGCAGGCGGUCUUUCAGAAGCUGCAAGCGACCCUGCAGUGUUUACGAGAGCGAUUCCUGCACUUGAAGGGUGAGGGGGCCGUUAUGCGGAAGAGCGCGGUGCGGCUGGAGCGCGAGAUUGAGGUGCGCACAAACGAGCUUCAGCUGCUCGACGGUGCCAAGGCAGCUCUGCAGAGCCGGCUGACGGACCUAACGCAGCAGGUGGCACAGCUGCACCAGGACAUCGAUGAACGCGACAGCAUCACGGAAAAGAAGGAGAAGAUCAUCUACAACCUCAAGAAGCAUAACCAGGAGCUGGAGAAGCACAAGUACGUGCUUGACCACCAAAUCCGUGAGCUGAAGGGGCAGAUCGAGCCGAAGCAGCGCGAAAUCGCUGAGCUGAACGUGGAGACGAAGCAACAAAACGCAAACCUCGAGGCGCAGUACACCAGCAACCUCACCCUGCGCCAGAACACGGAGGAGCUGAAGAAGGACAUUGCGGAGCAGCAGCGCAUGCUGCAGGCUCGGUUGCGGGAGCUGCAAGGGUUGGAGACCUACCGCUCGCGAGCUGAGCGUGACAUUGGGGAGCUUGCCCAUCAGCUACAGGACCCAGCAGCUUUGGCUGUCGCUGUCGCGCAGCUCUAUGAGGUGCACGUCGCACCGCGCGAUGUUAAGCAGAUUGCACCGGCGGACCCGAAUGUGAAGAAUGAGCUGCAGUCCCAGCUCGAGUACCUCUCUACCUCCGUCGACGCCCUCCGACGCAAGCUUAGGUCUGACCAGAAGCGGCACAAGAGGGAGGUUUCGGCGAUGAUGACGGAGAACUUGUCACUCAUUCGCGAAAUCCACUCGCUACGCAGCGAAAUGGAUCACCUGCGCGCACGAGUGGCGGCCGAUACAGUGUCGAAGCAACAGCAACAGUAUCAACUGCAACGGCGCACGGGUGGUGGUGGGGCAGGCCGCACCAGAGCGGAGCGCAACGGCGUGGCGGACGCGGGCACCACUGACACAUCGGACUCCGCCGCUGCGGAUACCGUGGGACGCUUAAUUCAGUUUGCCCCCAUCGAAUCAGAGAGCACCCGCAGCGACACAGGGAUGCAUCGGCGCGGCGGCGACGGUGGCAACUCCGGCCAACAACCGUCGAUACCACAGUCAGAGAUCGAAGUGAACAGCCGUGAGCUACGUAUGCUGCGGGCGUACAUAGAGAAGUUAGAGCGCUCCCUCGCUGGGCUGCCGACCUCUACGGCGGCAGCGAUGGCAAGUGUGCGCCUUCCACCCGUAGACCCCUUUGCCACCACGCAGUAG